GCUAGAAAUGAAAAUGAAAACAUGGACUUUUUAUAAUUGAGUCAGAUUUGUAUGUUGCAUUGUUGGGCAGUCCUCCUCUCCUCUAAGCCUGGGACAAAGGUGAUGACUUUCAGAUGCCUGGGAUUCCUGUGUGUGUUGACAGUCUUUUUAAGUGAGGUAGUGUGGUAGAGCCGCAGAGCGGACUCCCCUCACCCAGUCCACGAGACCCCCUGCUCAGUCCUGACUCCCACAUGGAUGUUCAGGGUUAUAAGUGGGUGCGCUGGCGGGUGUGGCUGUGUCGUCUGGCUGCCGUGCUGUCCUUGGGUCUCCUCCUGAUUGUGUUUCACUGGCGCCCACGGCUUGCUGUCCUUGCACGCUGCUGCUCCUGCCCUCUGGCUUUGGCAGAUAUUCUGCUAAUAAGAGACAGUUUUGGCAAGCAGCAUGUGGUGGAGGUCCUCACAGAGGAGAUGGAGGAGGGCAGUAUGGACUUGUUGGGAGAGCUGGAGGACACUGAAUGGAGAGAUACAGUACAGCUGUACAAGGAGGAGGUAAGGAACAUGAAAACGCUGCUGCGCUACUACCUGUUUGAAGGAUUACGCUACAUUUGGAUAGACAGAAAAGGAACUUUCUGUCGUGUUAGUGUCCUCAAUGAGGACUGGACCUGCAAGGACCUGUAUGGCUUCCAAAAGGGCCUGAGUCACCUGGAGCAGAACUUGAGGAAACGUGUGUAUGGGCCCAACCUUAUUGAUGUGCCUGUGAAGCCUUACAUGAAACUGCUGUUUGAGGAGGUCCUCAACCCAUUCUAUAUGUUCCAAUUGUUCAGCAUCACCCUGUGGAUGAUUGAUCACUAUUUUGUUUACGCCAUAUGUAUAUUCAUUAUCUCAGUUCUUUCCAUCUGUAUCUCACUUUACGAGAUCCGCAAGCAAAGCAUCACUAUUCGCAACAUGGCCCGGUUUGUCACAAAUGUCACAGUACGGAGAAACUCAGGAGCCGAGCAGUGUGUGAGCUCGGUGGACCUGGUUCCCGGUGACUGUAUAAUCAUCCCUCAGGACGGUCUGCUGCUGCCCUGUGAUGCUGCCCUGCUCGAUGGGGAGUGUCUUGUCAAUGAGAGCAUGCUCACAGGAGAAAGUGUCCCAGUGCUGAAAACCCCACUGCCAGCUGGGGAGAGGACGUACAGCUCAGAGACUGAGCGCAGACACACCCUUUUCUGCGGUACCCAGCUCAUUCAGGCCAAAGGAGGAGGGCAGGAAGGCAGCGGUGCCAUUGCUGUCGUCACAAGCACCGGGUUUUUCACAGCCAAAGGUAACCUGGUCAGCUCCAUAUUGUACCCUCAGCCGACCAACUUCCGCUUCUACCGAGAUUCUGCUAAGUUCCUGCUUGUCCUGAGUUUUGUUGCUAUGUUUGGCACCAUUUACAGCUUCGUGGUCCUCUUCACAUCCAAUGCGACCUGGCUGGAGUUGGUGAUAAGGAGCCUGGAUAUUGUGACCAUCGCAGUGCCCCCUGCACUGCCUGCUGCCAUCACCACUGGCACUAUCUACGCCCAGCGCAGGCUGAAGAACCAGGGCGUUUUCUGUAUCAGUCCACCACGCAUCAACAUCAGUGGCAAGGUCUCAGUCUUCUGCUUUGACAAGACAGGAACUCUUACAGAGGACGGUCUGGAUGUGUGGGGAGUGAUGGAGGGGGGCCCUUCUGGUUUCUCUGAGCUGGUCCCAGAGCCCAGACUCCUGCCCACAGGGCACAUGCUCUCGGGUCUGGCAUGCUGUCACACUGUGACUCUGUUGCGAGGUCAGCCACUUGGAGACCCUCUGGAGCUCAAGAUGGUCGAAUCCACCGGUUGGACACUCCAGGAGCCGGAGGGAGAUGGAAAGGUGCUGGAUGCGGAGUUUGGAGGCCACAGAGUUUUGGCUGUUAUGAGACCUCCUACUCAACAGCUCUCAGCUCAAGGACCUUCCACAAGGGAGGCGGUGGCCAUUGUUCAGAGGUUUCCCUUCUCAUCGGCCCUGCAGAGGAUGAGUGUGGUGACGGUUGCCCAGGGGGGACGCUCAGCUCUUGCUUUCAUCAAAGGAUCCCCAGAGAUGGUAGCUAGCCUCUGCCGAGCAGAAACUGUGCCGGCACAGUUCUCCAGCAAGCUGCGUAACUUCUCCAGUGAAGGCCUCAGGGUUCUUGCACUCGCCUAUAAACCAUUAGACAGGAGCACUGACUUUAGGAGCAUUGAACGAGGGGAGGUAGAAAAAGACAUGCAGUUCCUGGGCUUGAUGAUGAUGAAGAACCUGGUGAAGCCAGAGAGUGCAAAGGUUAUUAAUGUCCUGAGACUGGCAAACCUUCGCAGCGUCAUGGUCACUGGAGACAACAUUUUAACAGCAGUCAAUGUAGCAAAAAGCUGUGGGAUGGUGGGGUCUGAUGAGAAGGUGAUAUUCGUCAAUGCAACCCCCCACACUGCCCAGUCCAUGCCCACCCUCAGGUUCACCCUGGAAGACGGAGGGACCACUACCGCCCAAAGUUCUGUAGAAGUCAUCACUCAGGGCCUGUACCAGGGUGGAUAUGGCUAUCACUUGGCUAUUAGUGGAAAGUCCUAUGCUGCCCUCUGUGACCACUUCCCCGAGUACCUGCCAAAGGUUUUGUUGCGAACCACAGUAUUUGCACGCAUGGGUCCUGACCAGAAAACCCAGCUGGUGAAGGAGCUGCAGAAACUGAACUACCGGGUUGGCAUGUGCGGGGACGGGGCCAAUGACUGCGGGGCCCUGAGAGCUGCUGAUGUCGGGGUUUCCUUGUCUGAAGCUGAGGCUUCAGUCGCUUCACCUUUCACUUCCAAGACUGACAACAUCAGCUGUGUGCCGCUGCUCAUCAGAGAGGGUCGAUGCUCUCUGGUCACCUCCUUCAGUCUCUUCAAAUACAUGGCCCUGUACAGCCUCAUUCAGUUGUGCGCCGUCCUCAUCCUCUACACAGUGAAGACGACCAUGGCGGACCUGCAGUUCCUGGUCUGUGACAUUUUUGUGGUAACUGUGCUGGCCAUCGUGAUGGGGAGAGGAGGCCCCAGUAAGGAGCUGGACCCCCGCAGACCUUCAGCCAGUCUGCUGGCCCUGCCUGUGCUGGGCAGCCUCUUCAUUCACACCUGUAUAAUCAUCCUGGGCCAGUUGUCUGCGCUCUUCAUCACCACCUCACAGGACUGGUAUAUUCCACUCAAUUCCUCCGUGUAUGGAUCAUCCAAUCUGCCCAACAUGGAGGACACCAGUGUGUUUCUCUUGUCAGGUUUCCAGUACAUCAUCAUGGCUGUGGUGGUCACCAAAGGCUACCCUCACAAGAAACCGCUCUACUACAAUGUGAUUUUCCUCUGUAUACUGUUUGUCCUCUUUGCCAUGAUGACGUGGCUGAUGGUGUAUCCUGGAUCUAUUGUUCGUCAAUACCUUCAACUGUACGACUUCUCCGAUAUGAAUUUCAAAAUACUGCUCGUCGCUGUGGCUGCUCUCAACUUCCUCCUCUGUUUUGUUGUGGAGGUGCUGAUAGAUUUGGGUAUCCUGAACUAUCUUCGGUUGCUGCGUGGGAAGCGUCAGUCAAAGAAACAAUAUAAACGUCUGAACAUCGUUCUGUCUAACUCCCCAUCAUGGCCGCCUCUUAAUCAAUUCCUGUCUCCCACAAGCCAGGUCAUCAGCAUCAGCUAGCAUCUGUUUGUCCCUGUGUCGGACCCCGUCAGUCACCCAAGCCAAACAAUGCUGUCGGAUGUCUGAGCUGCAUCCCCAACUUGACCAACAAUGCAAACUCAUGUUUACCUGUAUAAAUAAAAACUAUUUUUAUUUAAA